AUGGGCAAGAAGCGCAAGCAGGGCGAGUCGCUCGAGGACGUGCUCGCGCGUCCGUGGUGCUACUACUGUGAGCGGGACUUCGAUAACACCAAGGUCCUCGUCGAUCACCAGAAGGUCAAGCACUUCCAGUGCCAUUUCGGCAACUGUCACCGCCGCCUCAACACCGUCGGCGGGCUGCGCGUGCACAUGGCGCAGGUCCACAAGGCCGACCUGCACGAGGUGCCCAACGCCAACGAGAACCGCAAGGACAUCAACGUCGAGGUCUUUGCCAUGAUCGGCAUGCCCGAGAGCCUGAUCGCCGCCCGCAACGAGAUAGUCACCCGCGCCUACCAUAACAUGGAGGCCGAGCACAUGCGUCGCACCGGCAAUCCGCUCGCCGGCUCGGCUGCCGCCAAGGAGCGCAACGAGGGCGGCAGCUCUAAGAAGGUCAAGAUCGAGGGCAAGGAAGAGCUCAAGCGUCGUGUCGCUGAGGCCAAGGCCAAGCGUGAGGCCAUCAAGAAAGCCCAAGCUUUGGGUCUGCCUCCACCAACCUCGAGCACUCCACCCAGCGCGACCUCGACCACGCCGCAGAAUGUGCCAGAUUCCCAAGCUCAACCGACCCCGACUCCACCCGCCGUGCAGGGCUACGCCGCUCCUCCUGCUGGACCUCCUCAUGCUCCAACAGGCCUUCCACCGGGCUUUCCGCCAGGAUUUGCACCAAGCUUCCCACCGUCCUUCAACGGCAUGCCACCUGGCUACGGUGCGGGCUCGAUGCCACCCACCAACGGCUUGCCACCUGGCUACCCUCCCAGCUCGUCACCACUGCCGCUUGGCAUGCCACUUGGCCACUCUCCCAGCUCGUCGUCAUUCCCGCCCGGCAUGCCACCUGGCUUCAACACCGCCUCGACAGCUCUUCCCAGGCCACCUCCCGACUCCAGCAACUAUCAUGUUCCUUCCCCGCAGAUCCCCAAGCCAUCCAUCUUCGCCCACAUGCCACUGAGACAUUCGACCGAGAGCGAGACGCCAGAGCCGCGCUUCCGCUACCCCUCAACAGGCUUGCACGACACGCCAGAGCCUGUCGAGAUCAAGUCCUUCGAAGCUCCGGCCAUGUCUAGCGAGCAGGUCACUGCCAAGAUCAACGCCAUGUGGUCCGAGCUUGAGGCCCAGAAGGCCGCAGGAGUUGCGUAUCCGCAGAUUCCAAGCCCUCAGCCCGUCGACCCACCAUCGUCGGACAACGCUGGACAGCCAGCCAACGAGCCAACUCCAAACACCGCCCAACAGCAAACCACCGACCGAGCCGAGGCCAAGGCGAAAGCUAAGACUAAGCUCGCCCUCCGGGUCGCUGCAGGUAAGUGCGCACAGCAUAGCGUGCUGAAGCUCCGCGACAACCUGGUGUCCCCGGAAGAGAAGCGUGCUCGUGCUGGUCGCUACCAACCCCAGCCAAAGUUCACCCCACGCUAG